AUGAGGGAAAAGCAAUGCCAAGAUCAAAACACGAUGGUGAUGGUAUUAUGGUUUUUUGGUUCUACGAAUGUAUGGAUCGACCACUGCUGGUUUCAUGAUGGCCCAGAUGGGCUUAUCGAUGUCACAAUGGGUUCGACAAUGGUGACCAUAUCCAACUGCAAAUUCAGCAAGCACGACAAAGUCAUGUUGUUAGGAGCAGAUGCUACACAUAGUGAAGAUAAAGCUAUGAAAGUUACUCUCGCAUACAACAAGUUUGUAGAAGGUUGUAUUCAGAGAAUGCCAAGGUGUCGAUGGGGACUUACACAGGUCGUUAACAAUGACUUUGAGAAAUGGGGAGAGUAUGCUAUCGGUGGUAGCAACGAACCAACCAUUCUUAGUCAAGGUAACAAAUAUGUGGCUCCCGAUGGCGCUAAUUAUAAAGAGGUUACGCGAAGGGCUGAAGCCACUGAGGACGAGUGGAGUAAAUGGAGUUGGAAAUCAGAUAAUGACGUUUUAGAGAACGGAGCUACCUUCAAACAAUCUGGUGGUGAUAUACCAAUAACCCCAGAAAUGAUCACACCUGACACAACACCAGUUGCGGAACUAACAGCUGAUGCUGGCUUACUCGUCUGCUCACCUGGGACGCCUUGUUAAGCACCCAAAACAACGAACAUUAAGGUGGUGCCGAGGAAUAAGGACCGUGACAGUAUAAGGUCAAUGACUAAUUGACUACGAGAAAUCACUGAAAUCUCUUGUCAUUAGUUAUUCUUCAUUUAAAGUUUCACCAAAGUUUGUUAUUAAUAUUUGAUCUUUUACUGACUGAAUAUUUUCAGUCACUAAAAGUCACUACUUAGAGAUUAGAUUAUUUGUUUUAUCUGCAUUUGCUUUUGUCAUACACAUG